AGCGUCGAAUGCGUAGGCGCCUCCGUUGAGGCCUCCGGUCCGUGUGGUUUGCGCGCCAUGAGUUUCGAGGAGCUAUGGCCAGAGUACGAGAAGAAGAUGAAAGCUGGUGGCAAGGAGAGUGAAAGCGCUGCUGCCAUCAGCGCCUUUCGCUACAACUUCAAGGUCUUGACGUCAGGAGAAAGUACGAUGAUUCCAGAAUCGCAGUUGGAACCUGUGGCCACGCUUCCUGAUUUGGAGGCUUUGAAGAUCACAGAGGAUCCUGGACUCUUAAAAGAGACCGUGGUCUUGAAGCUGAAUGGUGGCCUGGGCACUGGCAUGGGCCUUGACAAGGCGAAGUCUUUGCUGCAAGUGACAGACGGGAACUCGUUCCUGGACCUCAUUGCAAAGCAGGUGGAGUGGAUGAAGAAAACCUAUAACAUGCCAGAUUUGAAGUUCAUGCUGAUGAACUCCUUCUCAACCUCGGCGGAUACCUUAGCUGCCUUGGGCAAAUAUUCUGCCUUGGGCACUGGGGACGAUUUGGAGUUCGUGCAGAACAAGGCACCCAAGGUCACUGCAAAAGGUCUGAAGCCGGCGGAGUGGCCUGCGGACCCAUCCCAUGAGUGGUGUCCACCGGGGCAUGGCGAUUUGUACCCAGCCAUGUUGGGCAGUGGCACCUUGGACCGACUCCUGGCGAAGGGGGUGAAGUACAUGUUCGUGUCCAACUCGGACAACUUGGGAGCCACCCUGGACUUGAAGCUCUUGACGCAUUUCGCCCAGUCAGGUGCUCCCUUCCUGAUGGAAGUGGCCGCGCGCACGGAUGCCGACAAGAAGGGAGGACAUUUGGCCACGCUCAAAGGCGGCGGCCUGACGCUACGGGAAUCGGCUCAGUGUCCCAAAGAGGACGAAAAGGCCUUCCAGGAUACCUCGAAGUACCGGUACUUCAACACGAACAACUUGUGGGUUCACCUGGGAAAACUGAAAGAACUCUUCGACCAGAAUGCUGGGGCCUUGCCCUUGCCAGUGAUGAAGAACGACAAGACGGUGGAUCCUCGAGACAAGGCGUCGACGAAAGUCAUCCAGUUGGAGACCGCCAUGGGCGCCGCCAUCUCCUGCUUCGCAGGUGCCCAGGCGAUCCAAAUCCCCCGGAGCCGCUUCGCGCCGGUGAAGAAGACCGACGACCUGCUGGCGCUGCGCAGCGACGCCUAUCGGCUCACCGAGGACUUCAGGAUUGAGCUAAUCCCAGAGCGAAAUGGUGUGCCGCCAUUGGUGAAGCUGGAUGAUAUGUACAAGUUUGUGGAUCGAAUGGAGACCUUGAUUCCCAGGGGCCCGCCCUCGCUGAAGGACUGCGUCUCACUGAAAAUCGAAGGCCCCAUGGAGUUUGACCCCGGUGCAGUGAUCCAAGGGAAGGUCAAAAGCAAAGUCCAAAACAGAGGCGGAAGCCUUGUGAGGCAGAUUCGCAUACUCACUGGACGAUGCUGGAUGGUGGUCUUCCGGAACCGCUUCUGUCCCUUCACCUCGGGGACAAAGGUCAUUGCGCCGCGCGUCUACCGCAACGAGAUCGUGGACUUGUGAAGGGCGCGAGGUGAUGCCGCGUGAUCUGCCCUGCGUUUGGUUUCGCGA